UUCUUCCUAUUUUUAAAGUGCAGCAGAUGCAUUGUGAUCAAAGAUACAGUCCAGUGGCUUGUCUAAGGGAAGAAUAAUAGAUGCCUCAAGGAAGAAUUGACCAAGUAGGUGGUUAUGUUCCCUAACAGACUUUUCCAGCUUUUCCGUAAGUAAUUCCACGACUUAUUAUGUAUGACUGUAGCUUGUACUCAUGGCUGUUUGGUAGGUAGCACAUUAGUCUUCCCUGUUCUUUCCCUUAUAACAAUUCCAGUUUCCAUUCUAAUCUUGUGUUUGGUUGAUUCACUAAUUUUAAAAAACCCUUUUUCAUCUUAUAUUUUCUAGAUUAGUAGUUUCUUCCUAGUUUGUUUAGAAGCAAAAGAAAAUCCUGUUAGGAGGUGUCUUUUAAUUUCAGUGGUGAUGAGAAACUAAUACCAACUUUUAUUUUUAUUUUUUUUAAGCCUGCCAAAAAAAAAAGAAAAAAGAGAUAGCUGUAGAGUUGCACUGUUCCUGCCAAGUUUCCACAAGAAGCAGGUUAUGAGUAAGGAACUGUAAACUGUUGAAGAAAACAUUUGUAAUGGAAACAGUUACGGUUUAACUGUAAUGCUUGUGGGCACUUCCAGACGGCGUAGCCCUUCCGGCUCCUCACUUCCAGGCUUGCCAAGUACCCGUACCUUGCUGUUACGUUGCUUUAGUCAUCACUCUCUCUGUAUAGUGGCUUCAGCAACACUGUUGCUCAUCCUACAAAUAGUGUUAUUCAAGUGUGAUUCAACAGAGUGUUGUUUCUAGCCUGAUACACAAACCAAAUGUAAACCUAAAUCUGUGGCUUCAUUUUUGGUUUUUGGUGGCUACACUUCUCGGUGGCAUCCAAGUUAGGACUGGUGUAGAACACAGUUAAAGAAAAGCUACACUGUUAUAAAAACAUCCUGAUUUAAGUGAAUGGUAGUUCAUAUAAAUAGAUGCAGUAUGAAAUCUGUCCAACUUUAUAAAUCGCUUGAAUAUUUUCAGGUCCCACAUCUAUGCUAUUUCCUGUCAUUUUCUUCUAUUAGUCAUUUCUCCAUGUUUCCUGUCUCUCCUCAGUUGUGGGAAAAAACAAGGAAACAACAAAGCAGUCAUAGAAUAUGAAUUACAAGAGAAGUACUAUGGAACCUCCGCAGCCCUGUAGGUUUGGAAGGCUUAAAUCCAAGUUUGGAAAGGCUUUUUCCAUUCCAAAUGAUUUGCUGGCUUAAGCGCUUAAUUAGGAUGGCUUUUGAACAAGCUGGAUUGAACAUGGAAUCAGUUCUUUGGUCAAGCAAGCCUUACGGUUCAUCUCGAAGUAUUGUAAGAAAAAUUGGUACUAAUCUCUCUCUCAUACAGUGUCCAAGAGUUCAGUUUCAGCUUACUUCUCAUGCCACAGAAGGAAACCAUCCUAACCAGCUUAGAGAAGAUGCAGUGGCCUCCUUUGCAGAUGUGGGAUGGGUUGCUCAAGAAGAAGGUGAAGACUCUACCAGGCUCAGGUCAGAAGUUUGGUCAAAAACAGCCCAGCCUCUUUCAAGUGAGCGACAUAAUUCUGGGAAGUCCCUGUGCAGACAGAUGUCCUUACAAAACCCGUUGGAAGAACCAGUGUCCAGGAGCACAGCAAUCGCCAAUGAGGAAGCUCUACAGAAGAUCAGUGCUCUAGAAAAUGAACUAGCUACUUUGAGAGCACAAAUAGCCAAAAUUGUAAUCUUGCAAGAACAGCAGAACCUGACAGCAGUUGGGUCAAGUCCAGUUGCUUCAGCUGCAGCACCUCCACCACCACCUCCUCCUCCUCCGCCGCCACUACCACCCCCUCCCCCAGGAUUACAACGAAGCGUGUCUGCAAUUGAGCUGAUUAAAGAAAGGAAAAACAAAAAAACGAACUCUGGACAGAAUCUGACAGAAAAUGGGCCAAAGAAGUCUGAAAUACCAAAUAUGCUAGAAAUCCUCAAAGACAUGAACAGCGUGAAAUUACGCUCAGUGAAAAGAUCAUCAGAAGGUACAAAACCUAAAGUGCCUGACCCUACAGAUCCUGCAGCAUUAAUAGCAGAAGCCCUCAAAAAGAAAUUUGCUUAUCGAUACCGAAGUGACAGCCAAAGUGAAGCAGAAAGAGUGAUUCCAAAGACUGAAACAAAGACAAAGACUGAGACAAAGACUGAAGUAGUGCUGUUUGGGCCGCACAUGCUGAAGUCUACAGGAAAAAUGAAGACUUUAAUUGAAAAAUCUUAAUGUAUCAAGAUUACUACGUGAAAGACUGUUCAGCUGUGUUGCUUGAAAUCUUUUAUGUUGCAAAUAGCACUAGUACUGAGUGGUCUCUUACAACACAGGGAAAACCUAAUGUGGAAUUGAGGCACUAAACAUGUUUGUAUGUGCAUUUAUCAAGGGGAAUUAAUUUGGCCGUUAUACUCAGGUAUUAAUUUUGUAUUCAAACCUGGCUGAUCUACUCAGAGUUACUUGGUGGGUUUAGUUUAUUAACACUAAAUUAUAUUUACACAACCUUCUUUGUGCAUAACUGACCAUCUUAAAAUUUUGUGUACGUGUUAAUAAAGAUUGUGAUAACAUCCUUGUCAAUAGUUAUUGGAGCUCUAACUAUAACUUGCACUACAGUGUUUAGUUUGAUGCUGAAUUGUUCAUGUCAAAGUCUUUCUUUUAAUUUUAGCAAAUUUUUAGCCCAAAGAAAACCUGACUGCAUUCUGCUUCCUACUGAAAAUGAAAACUUAAAUAUGCUGCAGAGGUCACCUGGUAUGAGACAUAAGUAAUAGCACAUUUUCAUGCCAGGCUUUUUUUGUUGUUUGGGUUUUUUUCUUGUUUCAAAUGAGCUUGCAAGGGUAACAGCACAAAGCCUACUUGUAUCAUGCUGUGGCCAAGAGGAAGAGUGCAUGACAAGUGAGUUAAAUCAUGCUGUGGGAGCCUCUGUGAACAGGAAGUCCAGUGUAUUUGAAAGAACCAGUAGAUAGCAGCAGAGUAAAAUAAGAGCUUGUGUUAACCAGCACAGAAGUGGUGUGGGUAACAAAGGCACAAAAUGUUGUGGGGUGCAAGUUGCCAAAAGUGUAUUGCUCAUUUCAGCUGUGCUGAGAUGCUCAUGGAAACCUUUUUAUCCCCAGCUGUCUUGGGUCCCUUGAUGGGUUUCCAGCAGCUGGGAACUGCACAAUCCCUCAUGGUGCUGUUUGCAGGGCAGAGGGAGCCUAUGCUGUGGCACAUAACCUGUGUUCCAGGGGGGUGGGGUCAUCCCCCUGCACCUAUUCCCUGCCGGGCCACUGCAGAGCUAGUUCACUAACUGGCCACCUGAGCUCACAUCUCCAGCCACAGAUGGAGAAAGGGCUCAAGCUAAAAAUAAAAUUCAGGCUGAAAAAAAAAAAAGCUCUUUAGGAACCGGAGAACUACCACUUAGCUGCAUAUUUACAUGAAGACAAGACUUGCUCAGGCCAGAGAUAAUCAUAAAAAAAAAAAAAAAUCUUGAGUCUGGGUCUUUCAGUGUUCUAAGUCGAUCUGGCUGCUGGAAGGAGUACCAGUGCCUCCUCGAGCUACUCUUUUCUAGGAAAAGAAAAAAGCAGCACUUCUUAAAUGAAGAAAGGGGAGUGGCUCUGACUACCUUACUGAAGCUGACUGAAGUUUUGCUGCUUAGAACUGGAAUGUAGCUUUUAUGAUCAAGGAGGAUAUUUCCUGGUGUGAAGCUUCAACUUCUGUUAGGAUGUAGACAAUGUAGCUUCCAAAAUGCUCUGCCACCUGCCUUACUGAUAAGGCCAUUACAUCUUUGUGUUCUUUUAAAUGCCUUGAGAACACCUUUUUAAAUGUUAAAAGUUUUGUAUUUAAUGCUCUGUUGCCACUCUAUGAAAUUAAAAGCCGUUAAAAUAA